CCUCCUCUCUCCCCCUCCCUCUUUCUCUCUCUCCCGAGUCCUCCAUCAGAGAGGCUGCUCUCUGCUCCCGGUCUGCUAGGGGAAUCCGGAGCCAUCCGCAACCAUGGUGAACUUCACCAUAGACCAGAUCCGAGCGAUCAUGGACAAGAAGUCCAACAUUAGAAAUAUGUCUGUGAUUGCUCAUGUUGACCAUGGCAAAUCCACACUCACCGACUCUUUGGUGAGCAAAGCUGGUAUCAUUGCAUCUGCCAGAGCAGGGGAGACACGUUUUACGGACACACGCAAGGAUGAGCAGGAACGCUGCAUCACUAUUAAGUCCACGGCUAUUUCCUUGUUCUAUGAACUCUCAGAGAAUGACAUGGCCUUCAUCAAGCAAUGUAAAGAUGGGUCUGGUUUCCUCAUUAACCUUAUAGACUCCCCAGGACAUGUGGACUUCUCCUCCGAAGUGACCGCUGCUCUCCGAGUCACAGAUGGUGCUCUUGUGGUGGUGGACUGUGUAUCCGGUGUUUGCGUUCAGACAGAGACCGUUUUACGGCAGGCAAUUGCCGAGAGGAUCAAACCCGUGCUUAUGAUGAACAAGAUGGACCGAGCUCUGCUCGAGUUGCAACUGGAACCUGAGGAGCUGUAUCUGACCUUCCAACGUAUCGUGGAGAAUGUCAACGUGAUCAUCUCUACGUACGGAGAGGGAGAGACUGGCCCUAUGGGGAAUAUUAUGAUCGACCCUGUUAUUGGUACUGUGGGUUUUGGAUCUGGUCUGCAUGGUUGGGCUUUUACCCUGAAGCAGUUUGCAGAAAUGUACGUUGCCAAAUUUGCUGCCAAAGGUGAAAAGGCACAGCUCAGUCCACUUGAACGUGCAAAGAAAGUUGAGGAUAUGAUGAAGAAACUUUGGGGAGACAAGUAUUUUGAUCCAGCUGCUGGAAAAUUCAGCAAGUCUGCCACCUCCCCAGAUGGGAAGAAGCUGCCACGAACAUUCAGCCAGCUCAUCUUGGAUCCCAUUUUCAAAAUAUUUGAUGCCAUUAUGAACUUUAAAAAAGACGAAACUGCCAAACUGAUAGAAAAACUGGAUAUCAAGCUUGAUGCAGAGGACAAGGAAAAGGAAGGCAAACAACUUCUUAAGGCUGUAAUGCGCCGGUGGUUGCCAGCAGGAGAUGCCUUGCUUCAGAUGAUCACAAUUCACCUGCCUUCUCCGGUGACGGCACAGAAAUAUCGCUGUGAACUGCUGUAUGAAGGGCCACCUGAUGAUGAAGCAGCUAUGGGUGUGAAAAGCUGUGACCCUAAGGGACCUCUGAUGAUGUACAUCUCAAAGAUGGUCCCCACCACUGACAAAGGACGUUUCUAUGCUUUUGGUCGGGUGUUCUCUGGUGUUGUGUCAACAGGACAGAAAGUACGCAUCAUGGGUCCAAACUAUACACCUGGAAAGAAGGAAGAUCUGUACAUCAAACCCAUUCAGAGAACCAUUCUUAUGAUGGGGCGUUACGUUGAACCCAUCGAGGAUGUACCUUGUGGUAAUAUUGUUGGUCUUGUUGGCGUAGACCAGUUUCUGGUGAAGACUGGCACCAUCACCACUUUUGAACAUGCCCAUAAUAUGAGGGUGAUGAAAUUCAGUGUCAGCCCUGUUGUGCGUGUGGCAGUAGAAGCAAAAAACCCAGCUGACCUUCCAAAACUGGUGGAAGGCUUAAAGCGCCUGGCCAAGUCUGACCCCAUGGUUCAGUGUAUAAUUGAAGAAUCUGGGGAACACAUCAUUGCAGGUGCUGGAGAGUUGCAUCUUGAAAUUUGCCUUAAAGAUCUAGAAGAAGAUCACGCAUGUAUUCCAAUCAAGAAAUCAGAUCCUGUAGUAUCUUAUCGUGAGACAGUGAGCGAGGAGUCCAACCAGCUGUGCUUAUCCAAAUCUCCUAACAAGCACAAUCGCUUGUACAUGAAAGCCAGGCCUUUCCCAGAUGGACUGGCAGAAGACAUUGACAAAGGGGACGUGAGCUCCCGUCAGGAAUUAAAGAUACGUGCCAGAUACCUGGCAGAGAAGUAUGAGUGGGACGUUGCCGAGGCUCGUAAGAUCUGGUGCUUUGGACCUGAUGGAACAGGACCCAAUAUCUUGGUUGAUGUCACUAAAGGUGUCCAAUAUCUCAAUGAGAUUAAGGACAGUGUUGUGGCAGGAUUCCAGUGGGCCACCAAAGAGGGUGUUCUGUGUGAAGAGAAUCUGAGAGGAGCUCGAUUCGACAUCCAUGAUGUUACCCUGCAUGCUGAUGCCAUUCAUCGUGGAGGAGGACAAAUAAUCCCUACAGCCCGGAGAGUCCUUUAUGCCGCGGCUCUCACAGCCCAGCCCCGACUGAUGGAACCCAUCUAUCUGGUGGAAAUUCAGUGCCCAGAACAGGUAGUUGGUGGGAUCUAUGGCGUAUUGAACAGGAAACGCGGUCAUGUGUUUGAAGAAUCUCAAGUUGCUGGAACACCAAUGUUUGUUGUGAAAGCUUAUCUUCCUGUAAAUGAAUCAUUCGGUUUUACAGCCGAUUUAAGGUCCAACACUGGUGGACAAGCGUUCCCACAGUGUGUGUUUGAUCACUGGCAGAUUCUGCCUGGAGAUCCCUCCGAUGUAACUUCUCGACCAUGUCAAGUUGUUGCAGAAACUCGCAAACGCAAAGGUCUAAAGGAAGGAAUCCCUCUGCUGGACAACUUUCUGGAUAAGUUGUAACCUCAUCUUUAACACUAUGGUCAUACUUUGCAAACUCAUCUUUUACCACAACACAAGAUGUCUCAUAAAACUGUCAAAUGUCAUCACAAAAGGAUGAGAGCACCACAAAACUCUCUUUAGAAGAAAACACACAUGGGAUUGUUUACCCACAACAAAAAAAAUAAACAUUAAAAAAAAUAAAAACUUCCCAAAAAUGCUAAUAAAACCUAUACUUGUUAAAAUGUGA